UGACAUCCUGGCCAUCAUUUGGUGACAGACAUGGGCUUCCUGAGGCAGAUACGACUUUUGCUUUGGAAGAACUGGACACUCAGGAAAAGGCAAAAGAUUCGUUUUGUUGUGGAACUUGUGUGGCCUUUGUCUUUAUUUGUUGUCCUGAUCUGGCUAAGGAAUGCCAACCCAUUGUACAGCCAGCAUGAAUGCCAUUUCCCCAACAAGGCAAUGCCCUCAGCUGGACUGCUGCCGUGGCUCCAAGGGAUUUUUUGCAACGUGAACAAUCCUUGUUUCCAGAACCCCACCCAGGGAGAAUCACCUGGCAUUGUGUCAAACUAUAACAACUCCAUAUUGGCAAGGGUCUACCAAGAUGUUCAAGAGCUCCUGAUAAAUGCGCCAGAAAGCAAACUCCUUGGUCAGAUUUGGAAUGAACUACGUACAUUAUCCCAGCUCAUGGAGACUCUCAGGACUCACCCUGAGAGAAUUGCAGGCAAAGGUAUCCGAAUCAAGGACAUUCUAAAAGAAGAGGAGACACUGACACAUUUUCUGGUGCACACAUUCGGCUUGCCUGACUCUGUGGUCUAUCUUCUGAUGUACUCCCAAGUCCGUGCUGAGCAGUUUGCCUAUGGUGUCCCAGACCUGAUGCUCAAAGACAUUGCCUGCAGUGAAGCCCUGCUAAACCGGUUCAUCAUUUUCAGCCAGCGGCGAGGGGCACAGACUGUCCAGAGGGCCAUGUGCCCCUUGUCCCAAGGCAACCUGCAGUGGGUGGAAGAUGCUCUGUAUUCUAAUGUGGACUUCUUUAAGCUCUUUCAGGUGCUUCCCACACUCUUAGAUGGCAGCUCUCAAGGUAUCAGUCUGAGAUCCUGGGGAACAGCUUUAUCUAAUAUAUCUCCAAGAGUGCAAGAGCUAGCCCGUCGGCCGAGUGUCCAGGACCUGCUGUGGGUAACAGGACCCCUCCUGCAGAAUGGAGGGCCAGAGUCAUUUAGCCAGUUGAUGAGGAUUCUCUCUGAGCUCCUGUGUGGUUACCCAGAGGGGGGUGGCUCCAGAGUGUUUUCCUAUAACUGGUAUGAAGACAACAACUACAAAGCCUUCCUAGGCAUAGAUCCUUCCAGAAAAGAUCCUGUCUAUUCUUAUGAUAAGAGAACAACAUCAUUUUGCAAUUCAUUGAUCCAGAACAUGGAAGCAAACCCUCUAACUAAAAUAGCCUGGAGGGCAGCAAAGCCCUUGCUGAUGGGGAAAAUCCUCUUUACUCCGGAUUCCCCUGCUGUUCGUCGGAUAUUAAAGCAUGCCAACUCGACUUUUGAAGAGCUGGAUCGUGUUAGAAAGUUUCUCAAGGCAUGGGAAGAAGUAGGGCCUCAGAUCUGGCAUUUCUUUGACAACAGCACACAGAUCACCAUGAUCCGAGAUACUCUGGAGAAUCCAACAGUGAAAAACUUUGUGAACAGACAGCUGGAUGGGGAAGGAAUCACAGUUGAAGCCAUACUCAGCUUUCUCUAUAAUGGGCCUCAGGAGGGCCAGCCUAAAGACAUGGUCCACUUUGGCUGGAGGACUGUCUUCAACUUCACAGACCGCGCCUUUCGUCUGUUUCAUCAGUACAUGGAGUGCUUGACCCUGGAUAAAUUUGAAGGCUAUGAUGAUGAAAUCCAACUCACCCACCGAGCCCUCUCCCUGCUGGAGCAGAAUCGAUUCUGGGCUGGAGUGGUGUUCUCUGAUAUCUACCCCUGGAACAGUGAGCCACCACGUCAUGUGAAGUAUAAGAUCCGCAUGGACAUAGAUGCAGUGGAAAAAACCAAUAAGAUCAAAGACAGGUACUGGGAUCCUGGUCCAAGAGCUGAUCCAGUGGAAGACUUCCGUUACAUUUGGGGUGGGUUUGCCUAUCUACAGGACAUGAUUGAACAAGGGAUUAUAAGGAGCCUGACCAAGGCAGACGUGCCUAUUGGAGUCUAUCUGCAGCAGAUGCCAUACCCCUGCUUUGUAGAUGAUGUCUUUAUGAUCACUCUGAAUCGCUGCUUCCCAGUGUUCAUGGUGUUGGCCUGGAUCUACUCAGUCUCUAUGAUAGUGAAGAGCAUCGUGCUGGAAAAGGAGAUGAGGCUAAAGGAGACCUUGAAAAACCGUGGUGUUUCCAAUGCCGUCAUCUGGUGUACCUGGUUCUUGGACAGCUUCUCUGUCAUGGUGAUGAGCACAUUCCUCUUGACAGCUUUCAUCACGCAUGGUCGAGUCCUGCACUACAGCAACCCAGUCAUCCUCUUCCUGUUCCUCUUGGCGUUCUCCAUUGCUACCAUCAUGCAGUGCUUCCUCUUCAGUGCCUUCUUCUCCAAGGCCAACCUGGCAGCAGCUUGCAGUGGCGUCCUCUACUUCACCCUCUACCUGCCUCAUAUCCUGUGCUUUGCUUGGCAGGAACAUAUGACAGCCCAGAUGAAGGAGAUGGUGAGCCUGCUGUCUCCGGUGGCAUUUGGGUUUGGCACUGAGUACCUGUCUCGCUAUGAAGAGCAAGGCCUUGGACUCCAGUGGGACAACAUUGGCAAGAGCCCCAUGGAAGGGGAUGAAUUCAGUUUCUUGCUCUCCAUCAAAAUGAUGUUGCUUGAUGCCGUGCUUUAUGGCUUUUUGGCCUGGUAUCUUGACCAAGUGUUUCCUGGGGACUACGGAACACCCCUUCCUUGGUUUUUCCUUCUGCAAGAGUCCUAUUGGCUUGGAGGUGAAGGAUGUUCAACAAGAGAAGAAAGGGCUCUGGAAAAGACUGAACCCAUAACAGAAGAAAUGGAAGACCCAGAUCACCCAGGAGGGGUACACGAUACCUUCUUUGAGAAAGAGCUCCCGGGACUGGUCCCUGGAGUGUGCGUGCAGAAUCUGGUGAAGGUCUUUGACUACCGAGGCAAGCCGGCAGUGGACCGCCUGAACAUCACUUUCUAUGAGAACCAGAUCACUGCCUUCCUCGGGCACAACGGGGCUGGGAAAACCACCACCAUGUCCAUCCUGACGGGGCUGCUGCCUGCUACCUCUGGCACUGUGCUGAUUGGUGGGAAAGACAUUGAGACCAGCAUGGAUGUCAUCCGGCAAAGCCUGGGCAUGUGUCCGCAGCACAACAUCCUCUUCCACCAUCUCACAGUGGCUGAACACAUCCUGCUUUAUGCACAGCUGAAGGGGAAGUCGAGGAAGGAGGCACAGCUGGAGAUGGAAACCAUGUUGGAAGACACCGGCCUUCACCACAAAAGGAAUGAAGAGGCUCAGAACCUGUCAGGGGGCAUGCAGAGGAAGCUGUCAGUUGCCAUUGCCUUUGUGGGAGAUGCCAAGGUGAUCGUUUUGGAUGAACCCACCUCUGGGGUGGACCCCUAUUCCAGGCGCUCCAUCUGGGACUUGCUCUUGAAGUAUCGCGCAGGCCGAACCAUCAUCAUGUCCACUCAUCAUAUGGAUGAGGCUGACCUCCUGGGGGACCGGAUAGCCAUCAUUUCCCAGGGCAGGCUGUACUGUUCAGGGACUCCCCUUUUUCUGAAGAACUGCUUCGGCACGGGUUUCUAUCUAACCUUGGUGCGUAAGAUGAAAAACAUUCAGAGCCACGGGAAAGGCUGUGAGGAGGCCUGCAACUGUCCAUCCAAAGGUCUGUCCAUCAGCUGCCCAAAGGUUGGAGAGAUAACGGCAGAACAAGUAUUGGAUGGAGAUGUAAACGAGCUAAUUGAAAUGAUCCAUCAUCACGUGCCAGAAGCAAAGCUAGUAGAAUGUAUUGGCCAAGAGCUUAUUUUUCUCCUCCCAAAUAAGGAUUUCAAGCAGAGGGCCUAUGCCAGCCUCUUCAGAGAAUUAGAGGAAACACUCCCUGACCUGGGCCUCAGCAGCUUUGGAAUUUCUGACACUCCCCUGGAAGAGAUUUUCCUGAGAGUCACAGGAGAUUCUGAAUCAGGAGCACUGUUUGUAGGUGACACUCAGCAGAAAGGACCAAGUUUUAACUUUAGAAACCCCAGUUCAAAUAGCAAUGAGAAAUCAACAAAAGGGCCCCAGGCCUCCAACGGCUCCCCAGCCCCAGACCCAACCCAUCCUGCCGAGGGCCAGGUGAGCAAGGAGCCAGAGGACACCGGGGUGCAGCGGAACAAGGGGCCUCAGCUGAUCUGUCAGCACGUCCAGGCUUUACUCAUUAAGAGGUUCCACCACGCUGUCCGGAGCCACAAAGACUUCCUUGCCCAGAUCGUGCUCCCGGCCGGUUUUGUGUGUCUGGCUUUGCUGCUUGCUGUCAUCAUCCCCCCUUUUGGAGAGUACCCUGCUUUGACGCUUCACCCCUGGAUUUACGGGCAGCAGUACACAUUCUUCAGCUCUGAACAGCCAGGCAAUGAGCAGCUGUCAACUCUUGCUGAGGUCUUCCUGAAUAAACCGGGAUUUGGAAAUCGCUGCCUGAAAGAAGAGUCGCUCCCGAAUUAUCCCUGUGGCAAUUCAACAUCCUGGAAGAUCCCCUCUGUUUCUCCUAACAUCACUCAUCUGUUCCAGAAGCAAAAAUGGACAGCAGACAACCCUUCUCCUGCCUGCAAGUGCAGCACCCGAGAGAAGCUCACAAUGCUCCCAGACUGCCCUGAAGGGGCAGGAGGGCUACCUCCUCCCCAGAGAGUACAACGCAGCACGGAAAUCCUGCAGGACCUCACAAACAGGAACAUCUCAGAUUUCCUUGUGAAAACCUAUCCCACGCUUAUAAGAAGCAGCAUGAAAAGCAAAUAUUGGGUCAAUGAACAAAGGUAUGGAGGGAUUUCCAUUGGAGGAAAGCUCCCGGUCUUCUGUAUCACUGGGGAAGAAGUAGUCGGGUUUUUACGUGACCUUGGUCAACUUAUGAAUGUGAGCGGGGGCCCUGCCACCCAAGAGGCUGCAAAAGAAAUGUCCAAUUUCCUUAAAUAUCUGGAAACUGAAGACAACAUUAAGGUGUGGUUCAACAAUAAAGGUUGGCACGCGAUGGUUACCUUCCUCAAUGUGGCUAACAAUGCAAUCCUGAGAGCCGGCCUGCCAAAAGACAUGGACCCGGAGGACUUUGGAAUCACACUCGUAAACCAGCCACUGAACCUCACCAAGGAGCAGCUCUCUGAGAUCACAGUGCUGACCACUUCCAUCGAUGCCAUGGUGGCCAUCUGUGUGAUCUUUGCCAUGUCCUUUAUCCCAGCCAGCUUUGUUCUCUAUCUGAUCCAGGAGAGAGUGAGCAAAGCUAAGCACCUGCAGUUUGUUAGUGGUGUGAGCCCAACCACCUACUGGGUCACCAACUUCCUGUGGGACAUUGUCAAUUAUGCUGUGAGUGCUGGAAUAGUGGUGGGGAUCUUCAUUGGAUUUCAGAAGCGAGCAUAUACUUCCCCAAACAACCUCCCAGCCCUGAUUGCUCUGCUCUUCCUAUAUGGAUGGGCUGUCAUCCCGAUGAUGUACCCCGCCUCCUUCCUAUUUGAUGUGCCCAGCACAGCUUACGUGGCCUUGUCUUGUACCAACCUCUUCAUUGGGAUCAACAGCACUGCCAUCACGUUCGUCCUUGAGUUGUUUGAAAAUAACAGGGCACUGCUCAGGUUCAGUGCCAUGCUCAGGAAGGCACUGCUCAUCUUUCCUCACUUCUGUCUGGGCCGGGGACUCAUUGACUUAGCCCUGAACCAGGCCGUGACAGAUGUCUACGCCGCCUUUGGUGAGGAACAUUUUUCCAAUCCUUUCCAGUGGGACAUGAUUGGGAAGAAUCUGUUUGCCAUGGCAGUGGAAGGGGUGGUCUAUUUCACUCUGAACCUGCUCCUCCAGCACCACUUCUUCCUCACCAGAUGGAUUGCUGAACCUGCUAAACAACCUAUCACUGACGAAGAUGAUGAUGUGGCUGAAGAAAGACAAAGAAUUCUUAGUGGAGGCAAUAAAACUGAUAUCUUGAGGCUAAAUGAGCUAACCAAGAUUUAUUCAGGUACCACAAGCCCAGCAGUGGACAGGCUGUGUGUUGGUGUUCGCCCUGGAGAGUGCUUUGGCCUCUUGGGAGUGAAUGGUGCUGGUAAGACAACCACGUUCAAGAUGCUCACGGGUGACAUCACAGUGACCUCCGGGGACGCUAUCGUGGCGGGGAAGAGCAUUUUAACCCAAAUUUCUGAAGUCCACCAAAAUAUGGGCUAUUGCCCUCAGUUUGAUGCCAUCGAUGACCUGCUCACAGGCCGAGAACAUCUAUAUCUCUAUGCCCGUCUCCGUGGUGUUCCAACAGAAGAUAUCAAGAGGGUAGCAAACUGGUGCAUUCAGAGCCUGGGUCUGUCUCCCUAUGCAGACCAGCUGGUGGGCAGCUACAGCGGGGGGAAUAAGCGGAAGCUCUCUACUGCCAUUGCUCUGAUUGGCUGCCCACCUCUUGUAUUGCUGGAUGAGCCCACCACAGGGAUGGACCCGCAGUCCAGGCGACUGCUGUGGAACACCAUCGUCGGCAUCAUCAGGGAAGGGAGGGCGGUUGUCCUGACAUCACACAGCAUGGAAGAAUGUGAAGCCCUGUGUACCCGGCUGGCCAUCAUGGUGAAAGGAACCUUCCAGUGCCUGGGAACCAUACAGCACCUCAAAUACAAGUUUGGGGACGGCUACAUUGUCACCAUGAAGAUCAAGCCCCCCAAGGUGGGCUUGCUCCCAGACUUGAACCCAGCCGAGCAGUUCUUACAGGCAAACUUCCCAGACAGCGUGCAGAGAGAGCGACACUAUAACAUGCUACAGUACCGCAUUUCCUCCUCUUCGCUAGCCAGGAUCUUCCAGCUGCUCAUCUCCAACAAGGACAGCCUGUACAUUGAGGAAUACUCGGUCACACAGACCACGCUGGACCAAGUAUUUGUGAACUUUGCUAAGCAGCAGACGGAAGAGGAUGACCUUCCCCUACACCCCCGUGCAGCUGGAGCCAUCCCAGAUGCCAAGUUUGAUGAAGCCUGUGUAUCCCUGCAGAUGGGUGCCUACAUUCAUAAUUGAAUGAAAUGCUGAGAUUCAAUUAGAGGUCUGCUGAAGUGCCCACACAUCGCUGCUUGCUUCCUACAGCAAGAAAGGAAUGAUUGGCAUCCUGAGGCUUGGGUAGUCCUUGAACUCUCUGACGUAAGUACAGUGUUUGUCCUUUGCCCAGAUUGUCAUCUG